UAUCAUACAUAUAUACGCAGCACAGUGGCCGAAGCGUACAUUUUUUGAGCUUGAGUUGCUUAAGCUUUACCAGCAUCUCCAACGUUUUGGCAUUACAAAAGAGCAUUUACAAACAGUAUUCAUCAUGCCUGGGCGUCCACUCUGGCAAGUUGCUGGCAAGCGAGAACCAAAUCAAGAAGCCGAGGCUCAGCAAUGGAUCGAACAAGUAAUUGGAGAGAAAUUUCCAGCAGGUGUGAAUUAUGAGGAUGCUUUGCGAGAUGGUGUAUUGCUUUGUAAACUUAUGAAUAAAUUGCAGCCAGAUCUCAUUACUAAAAUUAAUACAUCAGGUGGUGAUUAUAAGAUGAUGGACAAUCUUAAUCAGUUUCAGAAAGCAUGCAUAAAAUAUGGAGUACCAGAUGUAGAUUUAUUUCAAGCAGUUGAUCUUAUAGAAAGGAAAAAUAUCGCGCAAGUGACCAAUACUAUUUUUGCUAUCGGCCGCACAACAUAUAAACAUCCAGAAUGGCGUGGUCCAUGGCUGGGGCCAAGACCAGCAGAAGAGAAUAAACGACAUUUCACAGAAGAACAAUUAAGAGCUGGUGAAGGUUAUAUUGGUCUUCAAGCUGGUACCAAUAAAGGAGCCACUCAAGCUGGACAAAACUUUGGAGCCACAAGAAAGAUUCUUCUUGGAAAAUAAUAUUUAUGCAAUAUUUUGAAAUAUUUUUAAAGUUUUUAAAUAAUUCAAAAUUAAUUUUAAUCAAAUUGAUUGAUAUUUUUAGAAAAAAUAUGAUUGAUUAUAUUAACAAAAAAUUAUGUUAUUAUUUAAUUUCCUAAUUGUUGUAAUAGAUUAUAAUGCAUAGAAGUUAAAGAUUAAUCAUUUGUUAAGAAUACUUAUUUUCACAGAUAUGAUAUUUAUAAAUAACAACAAUUUCACAAUAAUAUAUUCAAUAAAUUCUGUUUAACAAUU